AUGCUUGCUGAUGAAUGUGUGAACGAGCCAACCAGGGAAGGAGAGGAGAAUCCGGGGGGGGCGUAUGCUUCAGGGCAGGAUAGUAGGGCUCAAUUGCGAGCGGGGCGCCAGCAACAGAGAGCUGCUACAAACAGAACCCAGGCAGCAAAAGAGAUAUGCAAUCGUCAAAACGCCAGUGUAAACACAAAAAUGGUAGAGCUGCUCAGAGGAGCUGUUGUUGUAUGUAUUUGGUUAUCUCCCACUGAUUCUCCUCCCACAGCAGCACGUCCUACCUGCAAAUCGAUCGUAGAACGGGAAUUAUCAUGA